GGAGAAUGACAUUUAAGUGGACUCGAAUUUUUAGUUGAUGUCAUUUCUGAUGACAUGAGUAAACUAUAUGUGAGGCUGUAACAUUUAAAUCGUUAUAUAUGUAGCAUAUUUAUUUUAAUUUAAAAGGUAACGUUUGAUAAUGGCUUUAUCUCAGAUUCAAUGUAUGGACAAUGAGCACAUUAAUCCGCGAAUUAAUGAAUCAAAAGCCGAGUUUCUCUACAGUGAAGAGCAACGAGUUGCGUUGGAGAAACUUUUUCAGGAUGGACCGGCGGCAUACGAAGCACACCUUAAAGCGCAAGGCAUGCGGGGCUUUUUAUCAGAACAUGAACUGGAAUAUCUGACUAGAACUGUGACGGUAUACAACCCUGGUGCUAUUACAGGCCAUGCACAAAUUAACGGAGCGGUAGAGGACUCUAGAGUGCCUUCGGAGUACUGGCCUGAUCGUUCUGACCAUUCCCUCAGCGAGCUGGAACUGGGCUGGCCAGACAUCACGUCCUACCGAGGAGUCACCCGUGCAACUGUUUAUGCACAUCCACCAAUAGAUGGACAGCCGCACAUUAAAGAACUCGUUAGAAAGACGAUUACGCAAGCACAAAAGGUCAUAGGAAUCGCAAUGGACCUAUUCACAGAUGUGGACAUAUUCAAGGAUCUGCUGGACAUGAGCUACAGGCGGAGGGUGGCUGUGUACAUUCUCCUGGACGCCGCCGGAGUGCCCCACUUCCUGCACAUGUGCCAGAGAGCAGGCAUGCACAAGGGACACCUCAAGAAUUUACGGGUCACCUGCACUCGAGGCUCAGAGUUCUACACUCGCUCUUCAAAGAAAGUUUGCGGCGUUUUAAGUCAGAAGUUCAUGUUUGUCGAUGGAGACAAGUCAGUGUCCGGCUCUUACAGCUACACAUGGACUGCAUCCAGACUGGACCGCAGCGUUGUCACAAUGGUCACAGGUCAGGCUGUGGAGACCUUCGACAGGCUGUUCAGGGAUUUGUAUUUCACCUCCAGAGCUGUGAACCUUUCCGACAUUAAACUGGAAGAGGAGCCCGAAGUGGAACCUAUCCAUCACACUAUCCAAAAUCCGCAAGUCGCUGCUGCGCUGGCCCGCAAGAUGUACAGCGCAAAAUAUGCCCUGGUGUCCAAUUCCUCUCUAAAGAGCAAUGGGACUUACUCUGGCAGGAACAGCUCGGGAAAUGCAAAUCCACUGCCGAAACUUUUCCGACUACCCAGACAGCUGGAGGAGCCGAAGAUCCACCCCUGGUUGGUGGACAUGCAGCGGGCUAACAUGAUGAACUACCUGCCGACCUGGCCCGAGCCAGAUCCGCCGAGCGACGUCAUCGGCAUCAUCAACAUCCGCGACACCAGCAAGCCUUUCCAAGCGCACCUGAUGCGCUCCGAGCUCUUUGAGACGUCACAGGCGAUCCGAUUCAAGGAGCCGCUCCACGUGCCCGAGGAGCCUCUGCCCGACGAGGCCAUCCCUCGCACACGCCUUGAACUGGCAGACGUUCUCUGGUCCGCCCAGCCACUGAAGACCAAGGGUGAGGGACUACGGAUUGCCGAUCUCGUAGAGAAAGCACCACUUAGGCCACAGCAUGAGCAGGACAGUGUGUUAACUCCACCAAUAGGAAACCCGAGAAUGGUUCCUCUGAAUGUCAUUUAUGAGUGUGAGGGCCACACGGCUGGGGUUAAGGGGGAAAAAGAACCACAGGGUCCUAAGGAUCUCCGCUCAGCUCCUGGCUGUGGCGCCAAGUCUGAACGUUCCACUGCUUCUAACAAACCCGGCAGAGGAACUGGAGGCCCAGUCAGUAGCCCUGAGAAAACCAGAGCCAUGAACACUGGCAUUGACAGGACUGACAGCAAAUCCAGUGUUAAUGGCUCUCGAGCACAGUCGGCUAAAACACCCUCAACGUCAGAUAAACAUGUUCAGUGUAAUGGCAAUGUGCCUGUUAAAUCUAAGUCAUCUGUACAUAUAAAUGGACUGCAUACACAUUCAGAGAAUGCACAUGGUAGAAAUGAGAAUCAGCAAACUGACAAGAAGCACAUUCAGAGCAGCAAGACUAUUAAAGAAGCAACCCCUCAUUCCAUGACGAAUGGUGACACAAACACGUCAAAACCACACAAAUGUGAGAACAACCAUCUUAACGGUAUCGACAAUCACCAAAACAACUGUAUCAAGGAGCCAAUUUUGUCUGGACAGAAAGAGAAUAGCACACAGAAGACAGAACUUCAAAAUAAUCGUCUACAGCCAGAAGAUACAAGCCAAACUGGAACACACUUAAAUCCGAAGAUAAAGAUAGGCCAAAAGCAAGACAUGGUGGAAAGGCAUGUUAAUCAUUUGAAGGGAGAGAGGAAUGGGACUGCAUCUGUAGUUUUACAAAAUGAUUACGAUGAAAAUUCACUCAGGGCUAAAGAGAAAGCUGGCCAGCAAACACUGCUGGAGAGAAACACUAAAUUGGAGGUAAUGCAUCAGGACUUAGGCAGUCAGUCAAAACUCAACCCCUCCGAGCUGAAAGAGAGAAAAGAGGAGACUGAAGUGACAAGCAACAACAAACGACACACUUUGUCAACCAAAGAGGAGAAAAACACUAAAAAUCAAGAUACACAGUGGGUACCACAGGAAGCGCUAUUUAUAUCAGAGGAGGACGACGAGCAGAAAGAGAUGAGUCUAGCUGCGCAAAGCAAGCCUUGUGAACUCGAGAAAAAGAAAGAGCAGGCAGCGGCGCCAGAGGUGUGGAAAAAACGUUCUGAUUCAUCUCCGAAGAUCAAGCGUGGUCCAGCAACGAAGACGGAAGGCAAGCACAGUGGACAGUCCAAUGGAAAGGUGGAGUCCACAACGACGACACCGACGACAACAAGGAGCAACACUGCAAGGCAAGUGGACAGGAAGGGUCCCCAGCAGCUGUCUCAUGGAAUAAGCACGAGCAGCCUUGCAGCCUCCAAGGUGAGAACUGAAGCGGGCAGACCGUUGAGAGACAAAACGGAGAAAUCCCUUUACAGAUCAACACCAGAUAUCGCCAAACAGCUCAAAGCAGAGAGCAGGCCUGGAGCGCGCCCGCAAGCAUCCAGGAAAGAGGGGUGCCAGACGCCAACACCUCGCGAUAAACCAGGCCAGGAAGGAGAUAGGGAUCUCCAGGAGAGGAAUGCACAGGGACCGGCCAGACCCAAGACGGAGAGCGACGGAAAGAAGCUGUACAGAACCUCACCCAAUCCAGGUUCCAGAACGCCGCAUGCCAGCCGGACGGAGGCGCCUGCCAGAAGUCCUGCCGUCAAACCCGACUCCACCCCUGCCACUGCCGUGACAACUAAGCCAGUGAAAAGCUCCUCAAAGUACUUCCCGGCAAAAGUGUUCAGUUCAACCAAGACCAGUCCAACACGUGCUCUGCCUCCCGACCAAGUGCCCAGUAGUCUGAGUGCUUCGACUACUUCGCUUAACAAACCUGAACUCGCCCGGCAGGUGGCCGGUCAGGCCAACUCUCCCAUGGGUCAGUCCACGCCUGCCUUGGAUAAAUUGAAGCGCAGUAAUUCCACCUCCAAAUCUCCUAUGUUGCUCCAAAGACUGUUACCACUGAGGAGCUUGAAAGAGAGAAUGACCAGAACCCCAAGUCAGAAGAAGUUGACUGCGGUGGGGAAAAAAGAUGCAGUUUGAAGGGGUGACUGACUGUUGAGACUCCAUAAUCAGCUAUGGUGUUUGUGUAAUGUUUUUUUACCAAAAUGUACAGUGAUGUUUGUUUAAUUUGAAGGGAAAAAAAGGAAAUGAAAAUGGUUUGAUUUGUGCAUGCCCUUAAUGAUUUUUUUUACACAGCAGGUGGAGGGACCCUGCAGUUUAUUUCAUCAUUUGAUUUUAUAUCGUAAAUGAAAAGUAAAGAAGACAAUCUUUUCACGUAUCUCUGAGAGAGGAGACACUCCAGUAUCUUACAGACUCUCUAUAUGCAAAUUAAGGGGGUUGCUAUGCUCAUGCUUAGUUGAAUGUAAGCAAACAUAAUGAUGAAAUUACCAUACCCAAAAUAACACUUCAUCCAAACAAAGUUCGCAGUGGUUUUAGCAUUUUCAUGGUUUUGUUUUUACUUUUACUUGGAGCCUUAAAAACAAGUACUGGUGUAGUUUUGGAGAAACUAAACCCAUUUCACUUAUGGGUCACAGAAACUAGAUCAUUUUGUGGGUUAUGGGAAACUGGAAAGAUAUGCCGCCGGUAAAAGAAGAUGGCUCAUCAGCCCUCCUUACGGUGCUUAACCUUUAAUGAAGAAACAGGCAGAGCCUGAUAUGUCACCUUCUAAUCUCAGGGUUCACUGAGCAAACACUUUUUCUCACAGUGAACAUCUGUUUGAAUGUCAGCUGUGCUGCAGUCAACAUGUUCAGAGAUGGUGGAAAAAUACCGUCUAACCUGGCGUCUGGCCUCAUUUUUUUUUUAUCUGAUGUUUAUACCUAGAAGAAUUUUGUUUAUUUUCCAAUCAGCAAUGUGGACUUUUUUUUACAUUUAUUCAUUUAGUGGAGGCGUCUUUUCAAAGCGAUUUACACCCAGUAAUCCACUGUCCCCGGAGCAAUUUCAGAUUAAGUGCCUCGCUCAAGGGCACAAUGGCAGAAGCUGGGAAUGGACCCCACAACUUUUCUGUCUACUGCAUGCAAGCCCCUGCUCCUUAACCACUACACUACCACCGCCCCAGCUUUUGGUUCUGGAAGCAGCUCUUCAUGCUCCCCAAAAAGUUUUGAAUACCAUUGUCUUGGCUUUAAAAGGCUUUGUGGGGUGCAUUGCAUUGACGCACAUCAGCAAAGCGAGAAAAAGCAGCCAUACUGUAAGAGGCAUGCAGCUUUAAUGGAGACCCUGAGGGCUCUGAGACACUCAUUAAACGUGAGCUUGGUGCACAUGUUCAAUGAGAACUGGAAUGCUUUUCUUACAUGUGUGAUGAUCCGCAAUGACUUUACUGCCAAGCAAAACAGUUAAGAGCUGCUUUAUUUGUCAAAGCGAUCACCUAUCUGUUGCACUAGGCAAAUUAUGCAUUGAGGUUGGCCAUGUUUAGUUGCAGUAAAAAUACCAACUCAGUUUAUCAAGAUUAACUCAAGAGCUCCAUACCAUUGCGGUUGUCACAUUCUCAUCUCACCAGACAGUGACAGUUAUGUUUUGUGUGUGUUUUUUUAUGUAUAGAAAUAUUGUAUAUAGUGUUUUUAAAAUUGUUGAAAUUCUAACUGAAAGACUCAAGUAAGCAAGAGUUAAACAUGAUCAAAAAUGUGUGAGACAAGUGCUGUCAAUAAACUUCUGUCAUUAAAAAACUAGAGCUUUGGAUA